AUGACGGACGCUGAGGACGUACAGCAGGAACUUCAGGAGUAUCUGCACAAAAAGGGCAUUAAUACGUUGUUUAUUAAUCUGGUCGAAUCUCUCUUACUGGCCAAGCCUGAGAACCCCAUUCUACACAUUGUUCAGUAUUUACAGAGUAAUUAUCCAGAAGAGGUCUUAGUCCGUCAGAAAUCAAGCGGUCAGGAGGAUAAUCCAGCAGUUUCACUCUAUUCAGACGAUCAAUCAGAUGAGAGUGAUAGUGAAGAAGAAGAAGAUGAAGAUGAUGAUGCAGUGGGUGAGAUUGUACCUAGUGCGUCUAUGCCCAAGCUUAUGGGCAUGGGACGACGCACAUCUGUGUCCGCGGAAACUAUCGAUCCAUUGAGUGCUUGCCAGUUUGAGCGUGUGGUGCAUCCCAAGUCGAGAAAGGAAAGGGACGGUAUUAGCCGUAUGGUCGUUGAGAACAUUUUGUUCAAGUCUUUGGAUGAAAAACAGCAUGAUAUUGUGCUUGAUGCCAUGUUUCCAAAGAAUUUUGAGCCUGGUGACAUCAUUAUCAAGCAGGGAGACGAUGGAGAUAACUUUUACAUCCUGGAGAGUGGCGUUUGUGAGGUUUACAAGGAUGGCUGCCUUGUUCAAACAUGCACAGAAGCGAUGUCAUUUGGUGAAUUGGCGCUCAUGUACAACGCCCCCCGUGCUGCGACUGUCAAGGCAGUACAACACUCGAAGGCGUGGGCUUUGGAUCGGCAGACGUUUAAGUUUAUCAUCAUGGAGACGACAUUAAAGAAACGUGAAGCACACAAGGGAUUUAUUCAGCGUGUUCCACUGCUAGAGUCACUGAGCGAGUACGAGCGUCUCACAGUGGCAGAUGCUCUCAAGACUGAGACGUUUAGUGAUGGCGAAGUCAUCAUUGCUCAAGGUGAUGAAGGGAAUCUGUUUUACAUUAUUGAGGAAGGAGCAGCAGUGUGUACAAAACAGCUCUCACCAGCAGACCCACCUGUGGAAAUGGGCCAGCUCACGUCAGGCGCGUACUUUGGUGAAAUCGCACUGCUAACCACUAGACCUCGUCAGGCAACAGUAACCGCACAGGGCAAGGUCAAGUGUCUUACAUUGGAUCGUAAGACUUUCAAGCGAGUAAUGGGCCCACUAGAAGACAUCCUGAAGCGCAACAUUGACAAGUACAACUCGAUCAUCGCCAACAACAUUUAA